AUGAACGUGCCUGAGUCAAGACAAUCCUCCAUCGUUGUGGCUAUAAGAGUAAGGCCAUUCACACCAAUGGAAAAAACAAGACUAAUUAACGAAUCUAGUGGUGCAGAAGUUAAUUUUCCCAGUUUAGGUGAUUCGUCGUUGAUCCUACCCAUGAGUGCUAACUCCGAGUCCGAUAUAGAAAUAGAUGUUGAAGAAAGCUCUACAAGGAGCAAAAGGAAGAGCUCGUUGAGGAAGAGAAUAAGUAGACCGGAAGGCAUACGCAAGAUAGUGGACUGUGUGGACGACAGAAUGCUCAUAUUCGACCCUGCUGAUAGAAACCCUUUGAAUAAAGUGAGUGAUCAGAUCUUGAAUUCGAUGCGUUCAAGAGCCGCUAAAGCUACUACAGCCUCUAGUAAUAACAACAAUGCUACAAAUAAAUUUUCAUCACAACGCCGAAGACAUGGUGGCGAAAUUAAGUUCGUUUUUGAUAAACUAUUUGAUGAGAACUCUUCUCAAUCCCGUGUCUACAAAGAGACCACCAGUCCUCUUCUCGAUUCUGUGCUUGAUGGCUUCAACAGUACUGUAUUUGCUUAUGGUGCUACUGGAUGUGGGAAGACAUAUACAGUGAGUGGUACUCCUUCGCAACCAGGAAUAAUCUUUUUAGCCAUGGAAGAACUAUUCAAUAAGAUUGCAGACCUGAGGGACGAAAAGAACUUUGAGAUUUCUCUAUCCUACUUGGAAAUAUACAAUGAAAGGAUUAGAGAUCUUUUAAAACCAGAGACGCCAUCUAAAAGAUUGGUGAUAAGGGAAGAUACGCAAAGUCAUAUCAAAGUGGCGAAUUUGUCGUAUCACCACCCAACAACUGUGGAAGAUGUCAUGGACUUAGUUGUCCAGGGAAACAUAAAUAGAACUACAUCGCCAACGGAGGCUAAUGAAGUAUCUUCGCGAUCCCACGCAGUGCUGCAAAUCCACAUCAUGCAGACUAAUAAGCUUGUCGAUUUGACCUCGCAACAUACUUUUGCUACAUUGUCUAUAAUCGACCUAGCAGGAAGCGAAAGAGCUGCCGCAACAAGAAACCGUGGUAUAAGAUUGCACGAGGGCGCCAAUAUUAACAGAUCGCUAUUAGCGCUUGGGAAUUGCAUUAACGCCCUAUGUCUAAAUGAUGGCAGUAGAAGUUGUCACAUUCCAUACAGGGAUUCAAAAUUAACAAGACUUCUGAAGUUCUCACUGGGCGGCAAUUGCAAAACAGUCAUGAUCGUCUGUAUAUCACCCAGCAGUUCACAUUAUGAUGAAACAUUGAAUACUUUAAAAUAUGCGAACCGUGCUAAGGAAAUAAAAACCAAAAUAAUCAGAAAUCAGCAGUCUUUGAGUAGACACGUGGGAUCAUAUUUAAAGAUGAUUACAGAACAAAAGAGGCAAAUUGAGGAACUACGGGAACGAGAAGAGAAAAUGAUUUCUCUGAAGUUGACGAAAUACAAAUUAAACAAAGAGAAAAUUCAACUGGCCAUUAAUGAGUGCAUAAACCGUGUCCAGCAGACAUAUUCCGCCGUGGAGACAUACCAAAUAUCAAAGAUUUUGAAAUCACUAAUACUUUGCAAAAGACGGUUUUUGCAAAUGGUAAGACUGGAAGUAGAUAAUUUGAUACUACUGUUCGAACAAGAGGAAAGAGUAGCCGCCGAAAUGCAACUAGUAAUAAAUAAUUGCCGAAUGAUCAGUGAACAGCUUUUCAAUAAAAUACAUGAGUUAGAAGUGAAGUUUGACGAAAGUGAUGCUUUGCAUUCUGUCAUUCAGCAGGUACAUUCCAUUGACUUGAACAAGCUAAGAGAAAUGGAAGAUUGGGACGAAACUUACGACCUGGUCUAUUUGGAAUCGUGUCUCAAUCAAAUAUCGGAAUUGCAGAGGAAUGAGAUCUUGGUCAACUCUUCUAUAAUGACAGAAAAACUAAUGUCUGACCCCGGCCUAAACUCCAGAUUUAAGUUUUUAUCAAAAUGGUUAAUGGACAGGACUCCUGACAUUGAAUCCAUAAUCCAAGAUUUGGUCCAUAUUGAUGAAGAGUUUGAACUGUUUGCCAAAAAUUUUCUCGCUAACCCUGGUAGCACUUUUACGAACACAAAUAUAAACAUAAUCAACACAACAGCAGCUGAGUUGGCGGUACCCGCUGAGACCCUUCCUCGACAAAAGUUACCCAACAAAAAAGUAAAGUGGACAAGCCCCAGCCUUAGCCCCAGUCUCAUCGCUGGAUCACAACCGGAGCCAGAACUAGAGCCGGAACAUGACCAAGACGUCACCGCAGGGGAAGUGGACGUGAGCAUGCAAGAUACGACAUUCAACGAGCAAGGGCCCUCGACGCCAUCCACUACUACUGCAGAGGUUCCAAGAAGGAAAAUGCGUUCCUCCCUACUCACUCAUCAAAAUUUACUGGCCACUGCCAAAAAGUAA